UGUCGAGGAGUCACGAACGUGGCAUCAGCGACCUCUCGUCGCGAGCGUGACCCGUCAGCUGAUGCUCCGGCGCGUUGUUUUUAGCCGACUGGGGGCCCCGGAUAUCGGUGUGUGUACCGCGUGGGAGUGGAGGGGAUGGAGUUACGAACAACGGGACUCGCCGUCGGCUGUCGGGUAGCGCGACGAAAUCGGCAUUGUUCAUCGCACGCACGGCAUUUGAACGCGACCUGAAGCCCGUGCCAUCGGCUCGGGAGAUCCGGUGAACACGUGCACCCUCAGCCACAGUCCCGUUUGUUUUCCUGCAGUUCGCAGCCCGCAACACGCCCGUGGCACGUCGUUCCUCGUAGUGCACGAAAUGACCGUCCGACGUAUCUCCGCACGUUUUCGCAGUUUAGAUUAAUCCAAGUCUUGUCCGAGCAUCGUGUCGACGAAUAUAUGAUGAAUAACGUGACAAGUAUACUACACGCGAUAUAUCGGGGGUUUGUGGACAGCUUGAAGGGUGCUGUUGUCCUCUUUUACAUGGAUAAGCAGAUUAAUGAAAGAUUGGUCAAGAAGUCUCCUAUCACAGCAGAUCUUCGAAAGAGAGACUCAUUUACGCACAGUCCUUCCAAGCAUAGCAGUCAACAAAGAGAGUCUAAGGUGCUGAAAAGGACCAUUCAAUGCUGUGCAUUAAAUGGUGGUGUAUUUUGGAUUAGCAUAGUAAUUUUCGAUUACGGAAUCUUGCCGUUUCUCCAGUACUUAUUGACUCUAAUAUUCGGUCAUUCCUCCGGCACCGCAGUCACUGUAUGGUCAUGGACCCAACCAUUUUUAUCUCUUACAUUUGGCACUGUAUGGGUACUACCAUUGUUCUUGCUCAGCAGGAUAGUUAACAGCUUAUGGUUUCAGGAUAUAGCAGACAGCGCUUAUAGAUACAGACAAGGGAGGCCGAUGCUUCUGUCAAGCGUCAGCAAACUGAUAGCCGACACGCUUUUCAGCAUAUUAGUUCAAGCUUUGUUCUUGGGGCAAGGAAUGUUGGUAUCCAAGAUUCCUCUACCUCUGCUAGGCGAACUUCUUGCCCUUGUCCAUAUGUGCCUUUUAUAUGCUCUCUAUGCCUUCGAAUACAAGUGGUUCAAUAUGGGCUGGGAGUUGCACAGGCGAUUGACUUUUAUUGAAGGCAAUUGGCCAUAUUUUGUAGGCUUUGGUCUGCCAUUAGCGGUACUUACCCAACUGCCCAACUCGUACUUUACAAGUGGCUGUGUUUUUUCCAUAUUGUUUCCCCUGUUUAUUGUAAGUGGAAACGAAGCAGAACCCGUAAUUGGAGUGUGUGAUUAUCCAUUGAAAUUAUUUUCGCCGGUAAUUGCAAUGGCAAACACACUUUUUAACAGAACCAUUGGUCGAGCGCACAGACGGUGACAACCUUAAUGCAAUAAAAAGACAAAUAAUGUAUGUAGUAAUCUUCAUUUUUCACAAUACAUUUGAAAUAAUUGCUACAUAAAAAAUAACAUUCGGAAAAAGUUUUUGGAUACAUAUUACUUGCUAUUGCAGAGGAUGAUGGUUCUCUCGUCGUUUAGACGAACUUAAGUUAUCUGGGGGAUGUGCGGAAAAUAUGUUUAUCUUUUGACACUAAGAAAAUUAAAGUAAUAAGACAAAUUUUAUACUUUCUAUUGACAUUUAGAUCGCGAAGGAAAUACCCAAUUAUGUUUUAAUACGUAGGGAGUGAUCGGUACAAAUAUUUAUUUAGCGCUAUGAAAAGUGUAACGGUACAUACCAAAAAUAUCGCAAAUCUUGGUGUUAUAAUAGACCUUGAGAGUGUCAUAGACCUUGCGUCACUUUAAAGUGUAUGAUCCACUUAUGGCAUACUUUAAAAUGAUAUAGUAUGGGAAAGCAUUUAUGAUAUUUUGAGUAUGGUUAUACGUGCGACUUGCUCGGUCGUGGCACACAAACCUAAAAUUAAUAAUUGAGCAACUUUUAUCAGAAUUCACAUGUUUUAAGCUUUCUACGCUGUAGCUAGUCAUUUUUCAAUAUCGAAUUUGUGAUCUCCAAUCGGCGCUGUGUUAUUUAAACGUGUAUUAUAAACAUAUAUUAUAAAAAUAAUACGCGACAAGUAAGAUAUCCAGUCCAGUUACGAUAUAAUCUCGAUAUAAAGUAGUGCUGAAAUAUUAUUCCAAAUAUUAAGACAAUUCUAAAUAAAAUGGUGCUUCGUGUGCACAUGAUUA